AUUCUCUGCAUGUUUUUAUGAGACGCACUAAUACACUCUUUUCAACAUACAAAAAAGAAAUACCAAACCUACCAGAAUUAGUCCUUUUUUUUUUUUUUUCAUUUGUUAUUUUUUUCCUUCUCCCCCUUCUCAAAAUACUCUUUAGAGAAGGGGAAAUAUAGAAGCAUAUUGACAACUUUGAAAGAGAAAGAAAAAAAUGACAGAAAGUGAGAAAGCUAAUGAUCAAACAAAGAAGCUAAGCAAGAGUUAUUUUGAUGUUCUUGGAAUUUGUUGUACAUCUGAAGUGGUUCUUGUUGAAAAAAUCCUGAAGAAUUUAGAAGGGGUUAAGGAAGUUUCAGUAAUUGUCACAACCAAAACUGUCAUUGUUAUUCAUGAUUCUCUCCUCAUUUCUCAGCACCAAAUUGUUAAAGCAUUGAAUCAAGCAAGACUAGAAGCAAGUAUAAGAGUAAAUGGAGAGAAAAACUACCAAAAGAAAUGGCCAAGUCCAUUUGCAAUUGGUAGUGGAAUUUUGCUUGCUCUUUCAUUUUUGAAGUACUUUUAUCCACUUCUUCAAUGGUUAGCACUUGGUGCUGUUGCUGUUGGAAUUCCCCCUAUUCUUUUUAGGGGUGUAGCUGCCGUUCGCAACCUCACACUUGACAUCAACAUUCUUGUUUUAAUCGCAGUUGCUGGAUCAAUUGUUUUACAUGAUUAUUGGGAAGCUGGUACUAUUGUCUUCUUGUUCGCCAUUGCAGAAUGGCUAGAGUCAAGGGCAAGUCACAAGGCUACUGCUGUUAUGUCAUCACUGGUCAAUAUAGUCCCUCCAACAGCGGUUUUAGCUGAAAGUGGAGAAGUUGUAAAUGUUGAUCAAGUCAAGUUGAAUAGCAUUCUUGCUGUGAAAGCUGGUGAAACUAUAACAAUUGAUGGAAUUGUAGUGGAAGGCGACUGUGAUGUGGACGAGAAGACUUUGACAGGCGAGUCAUUUCCAGUUUCUAAGCAAAAAGAUUCGACGGUCUGGGCAGGCACGACAAAUCUAAAUGGUUAUAUCAGUGUUAAGACUACAGCUCUGGCUGAAGAUUGUGUGGUAGCUAGGAUGGCAAAGCUUGUAGAAGAUGCUCAGAACAAGAAAUCAAAAACUCAAAGAUACAUUGACAAAUGUGCUAAAUAUUACACACCAGCAAUUGUGGCUAUAUCUAUUUGUUUGGCAGUAGGUCCUACUGCAUUGAGGGUGCACGACCGAAACAGAUGGUAUCGCUUGGCUUUGGUUGCUUUGGUGAGUGCGUGUCCAUGUGCACUUGUGCUAUCUACACCAGUUGCUAUGUGUUGUGCACUUUCAAAAGCAGCAACUUCAGGUCUUCUGUUUAAAGGAGCAGAGUACCUUGAGACUCUUGCUAAAAUCAAAAUCAUGGCUUUUGACAAAACUGGGACAAUAACGAGAGGAGAGUUUGCGGUGACUGAGUUCAAGUCUCUUAGUGAUGGUCUUAGCCUCAAUACACUGCUUUACUGGGUAUCAAGCAUUGAGAGCAAGUCAGGUCAUCCGAUGGCAGCUGCUCUGGUUGAUUAUGCACAAUCAAAUUCUGUUGAGCCUAAGCCUGAUAGAGUGGAGCAGUUUCAAAACUUUCCUGGUGAAGGGAUAUGUGGAAGAAUUGACGGAAUGGAAAUCUACAUUGGGAAUAGGAAAAUUUCUUCAAGAGCUGGAUGUACUGCAGUGCCAGAAAUAGAGGGUGAAAGUUUACAAGGAAAGUCUGUUGGAUACAUAUUUUUGGGCUCAUCUCCAGCUGGAAUUUUCAGUCUUUCUGAUGUUUGUCGAACUGGCGUAAAAGAUGCAAUGAGAGAACUGAAGCAGAUGGGUAUCAAAACUGUGAUGCUUACAGGUGAUAGUUAUGCAGCUGCCAACCAUGUGCAUGAUCAGUUAGGUGGAGCUUUGGAUGAAUUUCAAGCAGAACUCCUACCAGAGGACAAGGCGACGAUCAUUAAGGGCUUUCAGAAGGAAGCUCCAACUGCAAUGAUAGGCGAUGGCCUUAAUGAUGCUCCUGCAUUAGCAACAGCUGACGUUGGAAUCUCAAUGGGCAUCUCUGGGUCAGCGCUUGCGAAAGAAACUGGACAUGUUAUACUAAUGACAAAUGACAUAGGAAGGAUACCGAAAGCUGCACGUCUUGCCAGAAGAGUUCGAAGGAAAAUAAUUGAGAAUAUGGUUAUAUCAAUCGGUACAAAGGGUGCCAUAGUUGCAUUGGCAAUAGCAGGUUAUCCAUUGGUUUGGGCUGCUGUCCUCGCAGAUGCUGGGACAUGCUUGCUAGUGAUUUUGAACAGCAUGCUACUUCUACGAGGAACUACACAUACACAUGGGAAAAAAGGUUGUAAAUCUUCACAUUCUCAAUACCACAAAAACAAAGCUUCUUGUUGCAAGUCGGAAAAUGCUCCUCAACUAUGUUGCUCUGAUAUUGAGUCACAAAAGAAAUGUACAAGGCAAUCUUGCUCGUCCGAGGGGUGUCAACCUGUCCCCUCUGGAUCAAAGUCAUGUGGAAGUAAUCAGUGCUCAGACUCCAUUGAAAAUAAUAGUCAUCAUUCUCACCCGCAUCCUCAAUGCUGCUCAUCCAAGAAAUCAGCUACAGUAUGCCAAUCUGCAGGUUCAGAAUCGAAGUCAUGUGGAAAUAACAAUUGCUUAGACUCCAUUCACAAGCGUAGUUGUCAUUCUUUAACGAUAUGUUCUUCAGAGAUGUCUGCUUCACGAUGUCAUUCUGCCACUUCAAGCUCCAAAUCAUGUGGAAGUACUAAGUGCUCCGACUUCAGUGACAAAAAUAGUUGUCAAUCUCACAAAAUUCCUCAAACGUGCUCUACCAAUAAUAUCCAUCAUUCACAUCCCGAUCAUCAAACAUGCGUGUCCAAGAUGCGUGCUCCACAAAGCCCAUCUGCAACUUCAAGCUCCAAGACAUGUGGAAAUACAAAGUGCUCAGACACCACUAGCAGGAAUUCUUGUCAUUCGCAUGCUAACUCUGAACCAUGCUUUUCAAAGAUGUCUGGUCCAGCAUGCCAAAAUGCUAAUUCAGGUUUAAGAUUUUCAGGUUUGAGGUCAUGCGGAAGUAAUAAGUGUCAAGACGCUGCAAACAAGCACGGUGUUCAUUCACUUACUAAUCCACUCUACGAGGAAAAGAUUUUGGAGCAAAAAAACUUGGAUUUAGUCCAAAAAAAUAUGGAAUCAAAUCAUGAUCAUAGUCAUGGCUGCUCUGAAGAGGAACACGAUCAUCAUCCAAAUUUAGAAAAGGCAUAUGACAGUUGUGCAUUACAAGAAUGCUGUUAUAUAACCAAUGUAUCAGAAAGUGGAAUUCAGGAAACUGCUCACUGUGAUAGCACCCGUCAAACAUGCCAAACUGCAAUUUCAGACUCAAUGACCUGCGGAAAUAAUAAGAGCCUGGACUCACUAAACAUCCAUGGCUGUCAUUCACAUGCUCAUACACCCCACAAGGAGCAUGACUUGGAGGAAGAAAACUUGAAUGUAGUUGGAGAUGAUUUGAAUCCACAUCAUGCUGUCGGUCAUGGCUGUUUGGACAAGGAACACGAUCACUCACAUCCAGAGAAGGCAUAUGACAGUUGUGCAACAGAAGAGUGUUUCUUUUCAGUUCAAGACCAUGGCAUUUACGACGUAUCAGAAAGUGGAAUCCAAGAAACUGCUCAUUCUGACAGCAAAAAACAGCACAUUGCCAACCCUGACAGCUGCAAGCAUACACCACAAGAUCAGGUAAAUCACUGUGGAUUUCACUCUAGAACUACCCCUACUGAUGAAGAACUAGCCAAACUUGUCAGAAGAUGUUGCAAGUACAAACCAUGCCACGACGUUGUCCGCUCUGGCUGCAAGAAGCAUGCUGCCGAAUGUGGUCCAACCGUCCGAUCAACCAUCAAUAUCUUACGGGACAACCAUCAUCAUCAUCAUCAUCAUCAUCUAGAUUGCAGUGGUCGUAAGGUUUGUGCGCCAUUGGAGAAGAGACACGUUGGGGGAUGCUGUGAGAGCUUCAGAAAAGAAAGUUGCCCCAAGAACAAUCACCUUGGACCAAGGUUUGGAGGAGGUUUAUCAGAAAUUGUCAUAGAGUAGAUGCAAUCUGAAGUGUAAAUAUGUUUGCAACUUUUCUACCUAUUUUAUCUUCAAGAAGCUGAGCUCCUAUUUUGUAUCAGCAUAGCUAUUACAAUGGCUUGUAUAUUAGUCCUAGAAACGCUUGUGUACUCACUGAAUUCUCACAAAGUUGGGAACAUCAAUGUCAUUUGCAUAAAAAAAUCAGUUCAUGUUGAA